AUGUUUGAUGCACUAGCAAAACUCUCAGCCAAUGUUCCAAAUGCAUACCAGCGAGCUUCUGAAUUUGGGGAUCUUCAUCUAGGUGAUCUGCAUCUAAUAGAUAUUACAGAUGAUCGCUGUAGUGAUAGCAAUGCUCCUCAAUGGGUGGCUUUGUCUGUUGUACAGUCAUACAAUCCCAGGCGUAAAAUCCCACGAAGUAAAAUCUCUAUUUCCGAUUUAGAAGUUUGCAUUGCAAAAGCUUCAUUUUCAGCUGCUCAAAAUUCUGGUAUGUUAGGUUCUAUGAGGAGACUUCAUUUACCUAUCUAA